CCGGUCAUGUGACCUAGACACAAAACAGGAGCUGUCAAUACAGGGGAGAAGCAGAAGGGAAGAUUACUCUGGGCUGAAACGCUGAGAAGAUGGAGCAGGCCUUCAUGCAGCUGCAGGAGCAGUGCUUCAUACUCCGGGCGCUCUGCGUCAGACAAGCAGAGAUGCUGGACAGACUGACAGCCAGGCAGAGCUUCCCAAACGACUCUGGCAUGCCAGUCUCAAUGCCCGUUCAAUGCACCGAAGGAGACCGGAACCGCUCCGAAGUGCCCUUCAGGAAUCGGGAGCUGCCGGGCCAGGUGGAGAAGCCCCUCAACCACACUGGAGACCACCGCCGGGGCAACAGCACAGUCAAAUACCCAGCCGGCACAGACGAUUACGACUUCCUAGCCAGCGGGCUGGAAGGGAUGCAGAUCCACUGCCUCGCCAGGAAAACUGGAAACAAGAAAGACUUUCAGGCUCCUCCUCCUCCUCAUCGUCUGUUAGGUGGUGCUGAUUCUGACCUGAAAACACCGCCCCCUGCUGGCGCCAGUGGGGUACUGCAGGCUGGUCGGCAGGCAGGGGUGAACCAUGUGUUGGCUCCUGGAGGACUUUAUAGACCAGAGAAGGCAGCUUGUGGUUCAGAAACGGUCUGUAAAAAAGACUGGAUGGAGCCAGAAGUGGAGCCAAGAGGCCAUUUCAAGAUGCCGUGGACGCCGGGGUGCCAGCUGGACAGCGAGGUGCUGCAGCUUGGGGGGAUCCUCCUCUCCGACGUCACCCUGAACUCUCAGGUCUGCGAGUUCUGCCAAGCCGUGUUCCCCAGCGAGACCACCACGAGGGGGGAGUACCUGCGGCACAUCACCGCACACAUCACGUAGAGACCCCCCCCGCCGCGCACCUCGCACAG